UGUGAGUGGGAGUGGGAGGAGACUGACCGCGCCCGCCGAACAUGGCAGCCAGGCAGAGUGGUUACGAAUAGUCCGACUAUGGGCCUGGCGAGUGUGGUGACGUGGUGGUGCUUGGCGGCGGCGACGUGGCAGGGCGCGGCAGGAGAGCGCGUGAUGAUGGCGACGGAAUACGAGGCCAAAGAGCCCCUUCUGCGGGAGGGCCAUCGCGUCGACCCCCUCGCUGCCUACGCCAGGCUCUCCAUGCUGGUGGCGCAGAAGGUGCGCGAGGGGGCGGACCAAAAGGAAGUCCUUCGGAGCGUCCUGCACCAGGUCCUGGGCCAGCACCGGCGUCGACGCCCUCAGGAGAAGCGCUUCGUGACGUCUCCCAGCGGCCGGCUGGAGAAGGACGCCCUUAAGGACUGGCUGACGUGGCGCAUCCGGCGGGAGGCGGCGCAGGCGAUGCUGCAGUCGCUCGACGUGGAGGGCGGCGAGGCCUCUUUCGUGCGGCAGGUCCGCCUUGGCGCGGGGAAUGCAGAGGGGGGCGUCAAGGAGAGCGGAGAGGCUAAGUCCUUGAUGAGCAAGAAAAUAGGCGAAGAGAAACACCCAAGGGAAGGCGAGAGCGAUAAUCUCGCAGGCGCGGGCGCGCAGCGAGGGCGUGUCCGCCGCGAGGACCCCGCCGUCAUGUACGUGCCCGUGGGCGGGGCGUCGGGCGCCGACUCGUGCCCCGACUCGGUGGACGCCGCGGCCGUCAGCAUCUCGCAGCUCGUGUUCCUCUCGCUGUCCCUGGGCGUCUUCAGCGCCGUCGCCAACAUCGCCAACAACAUCAACAACAAUAACGACAACAACAACAACAACAACGAUAACAACAUCAACAGCAACAACCUGAACCUCGCCGCCAACGCCAACUCGGGCAACCAGAUCACCGUGCAGCUCCCGCCUCCGACGGGGCGGAAGAGGCGCCACCUGCAGCUCCUGUGGGAGCGCCACCUGGCCGCGCUCAGGAGUGGCUCGGCGCCGGAGGAGGCGGCGGCGGGGCGGGGCGCACCCACGCGCUCUCCCGGCGGCGUCACGCCCUCACACCCGCGCUCCGAGGACGACGUCGCGACUUCAGGUGCGCCCUCUGAGGGUGACGCCAAGGCAUCAGGUCCUCGUCGGGAGCUUAGUUCGGGUGAUGAGGCGCCCGGGGUCUCCGCGUCGCUCAUGUCACUCGCUUACGAGAACCAUGACCCGCAUGACCGCCAAGAACGUCUUGAGCGAGCUCCCUAUUUGCGAGCGAAAGGGCCCGAAGGCCCUCUGAAGCAGUCAUCACGAGAGUCAUCACCCAGUGAAGCUUCAUCAAGGGGAAUUGUCUUAUCGUCGUCUCCACCACCAUCCAGGUUGUCAUUACCACUGCAGUCAUCACCACAACAGCAAGUCAUGUUACGAAAUUCCCCAAUCAUUCAACACUCAUCACAAGUAACGCUGUCAUCACCUGUUCAUCUUUCAUUAAAACCUUCCGUAUCACCUCUAUCAUCGGUCAUUCUCCUGCCAAAAUCAUUACUACAAUCAUCACACAGUCUACUACCUUCAUUACACAAUCAGUUAUCGUUAAGCAAUGCACAAUCACCGCCAAAACCCACACUCGUCACACCACAAUCCACACUGCAGCCAUCACACAACGCACAAUCACCACACAACACACCACAGCCAUCACACAACUCACCAAACUCAUCACAAACCUCACCACAGCCUCACCACACUUCACAACCCUCCCAUCCUUCACCAACGUUACCCCAUCACCUACGGUCAUCCCCCAUCCCGCUGAAGUCAUCACGCCCUUCACCCUCCGCCCCUUCACCACCCACCUGCAGGAGCGAGGGCGUGGCGGCGACCUGGGCUCUUAAGGGAAUGAUGACCUGGCUCCUGACCUCCCCCCGCCCCCUCCCCCCUUGCCUCGGCCUCCAUCUGUGCGGGCUUGUGCGGGGCGCCGCCGGAGGGGGUGCCUGGGGCAACGCCUUGGCAGGCUACUACCUGCUGACUUCCCUCCACGAGCACACCAACCACACUUUUUCGGACUUCCUGAAGGAGGCGAGGCUGGGGACGUGUCGCAGUGUCUUCCCGGAUUGCGAGGAGGUUCUGCUGGUGUCAGACGGAAACGCGAGAAAAUAGCUGUUACGAAAGCUAUUUACCGUCCGGUUGGGAUUCUUCCGGUUGCUCUGCUGCGAGUUUGUACAGAUGGAUUAAUAGAUAAAUAAAAAUGAUUUUAGA